AUGUCCACUAACGAGCAUGAAACAAAUGAAAUAAAUAAGAAUUCAUCUAUACAACUUAAUUUCGAUCGAAGUUGUUUAAAGAAAGAAGAGAUUGAGAAUAAUGUGCUGAAUGAUUUUAAUGGCAUCGAAGUCGUUGCUUAUAAUUCUUCGACUCUCGAAAAAGAAUUUUUCGAACAGGUGUCAGCUGCACUUCAACAUGAAUCACCAUCAACAUCGUCAACCACUGCUAACCAGCGAAAUUUACUUUUUAUGAAUAUAUUAUCAAAUGAUAACAAAUCUUUAUCGAAGAGAAAGCGGUAUGACGUGGCUAGAUUGAAUGUAAAUCAUGAUGCUAAGCAGGAUGAGGAAAAUAUUUUGGAUACAGGCGAAUCGGAUGUUGAAUCGGAAUAUGUUCCGAAUUCAUGCUCUGAUGUCGAAAAUUCUUCACAUAGUAGUAUAUCAAAUGAAACAAAUAGAAAAAGUCAGUCGAAAAGCAAUGGAAAUUCCAUUUCGAAAAAUCAACGGAAACAUUUCCGUAAACUUAAAGAUGAUGCAAAUGAUAGUGAUUUUGAAAAAAGAAUUAGGAGCUAUAAAGCUAAAUGUGAAUCUAAUGCGUUGGACGAUCGAAAACUUCAAGACGAUGGUCACUACAUUGUGAAAAGUGGAUUUUAUGCACCGAAAGAUUGUUGGAAUAGAUUAUAUCGAUAUCAGAAAACUGGUGUGAAAUGGUUAUUAGAGCUUCAUAAUCUAGCCGUUGGUGGAAUUCUUGCAGAUGAAAUGGGGUUGGGUAAAACUAUUCAAGUGAUAACGUUUUUGAGAUCUCUUGCUUAUACACAAGCAAUAAAUUCAUCUGUCAAUUAUGAUGGUCUUGGUCCUGUGUUGAUAGUUUGUCCAACGACUGUGAUGCAUCAGUGGCUCGAAGAAUUUCGCGAAUGGUUUCCUGCAUGUCGAGUUGCAUUGUUGCACUCGAGUGGAAGUUUUCGUGAUGGAAGUAAUAAACUUAUCAAGAAAAUGAGUAUUUUGAGAAAAGAUGGAGCAGUUACAAUAACUUCCUAUGGUAUGUUUCUAAAAAAACAUAAUGAACUUACCAAAGUAAAUUGGCACUACCUUAUACUCGACGAGGGGCAUAAGAUUAGAAAUCCGGAGGCCUUGAUCACUCGCCUAGUAAAAACUGUUCGUACACCACAUCGGCUAAUUAUCAGCGGUUCACCACUUCAAAAUUCACUAAAGGAGAUAUGGUCUCUAUUUGAUUUCAUUUUUCCUGGUCGGCUUGGUAUGCUUCAAUCCUUCACUGAAAAAUUCUCUAUUCCAAUUACUCAAGGAGGUUAUGCUAAUUCAAAUCCGUUGCAGAUUCGUAUCGCUUAUAAAUGUGCUUGUACGUUAAGAGAUGUUAUAAAUCCUUAUAUAUUGCGAAGAAUGAAGAGAGAUGUUGAAAAUUCAAUAACUCUUCCUUCAAAGAACGAGCAGAUACUAUUUUGCGAGCUAACACCUUAUCAACUAUUCGUGUACAAACAGUAUUUAUCGUCACGUGAGUGUAAAAGAAUUCGAGCGAGAAAAAUCGAUCCAUUUGUUGGGUUGAUGUCUCUGAGAAAAUUAUGUAAUCAUCCCGAUCUAUUAAUAGGAAAGCCGCAAAACAGUGAUUUCGAAGGCGUUGAAGUUGAAGAUAGUAGUUUUGGUGCAACGUGUAGGAGUGGGAAGAUGCAGGUUUUGAAGUGCUUGCUAAAAUUAUGGAAAAUGCAACAUCACAAAGUAUUAUUGUUUUCACAAAGUCGUCAGAUGCUUUCCAUCUUGGAAAAAUUUAUCAUACAGGAAAGGUAUGAAUAUCUUCGACUUGACGGUUCUACGGCAAUAGGUACUCGACAGUCAUUGAUUGACAAGUUUAAUUCUGACGGUGAGAUAUUUGUUUUCCUUUUAACAACUCGAGUCGGUGGGUUGGGAAUUAAUUUAACUGGAGCCAACCGAGUAGUGAUAUAUGACCCUGACUGGAAUCCUUCAAUCGAUAUACAGGCUCGUGAAAGAGCUUGGCGCAUUGGGCAGAAUCGAUCUGUGACAAUUUACAGAUUGUUAUCAAGUGGAACUAUCGAAGAAAAGAUGUAUCAUAGGCAAAUAUUCAAGCUUUAUUUGUCGAAUCGUGUACUUAGCAAUCCGAAACAAGGACGCUUCUUUAAGACUAAUGAUCUCAUUGAACUUUUCACAUUGAACGAAGAGAAGCCGAAUAGCUUAAAAAGUACAGAAACAGCUGAAAUAUUUUGGAAUGCCAAGGAAAUAAAUCGAAAAAAUAUGUUCGAUGAACUGGAAAUGAGAUCAAAAAAAUCCACGAAAAAGAAGCAUUGUGCAAGCGUGUUAAUUGCGGACUCUGACGACGAUGAUGAAGAAACGAAGGAUAUGAUCGGGAAAUACUUAUCUCCUGAACGAAUCGAAGAAUUAAGGAGGAUCGCUCGAAGGAUAAAUAGAGUUUUUUUCAUGAAUUCGAACAAUGCAGUCUCAAAUUCUAAAAAGACUUCAGAGAUUGUAAAAUCAGAAAAUAAGGAAAUUGGAAAAAUUCCAUAUUUAAGGAAAAGAAAAUGGUGUAAGAUACCGACAGAUGAAGACGAAGAUUUUAAUUGCCAGAACGAUUAUGUCCUUCAAAAGUUGUUAAAAAAUUCUGCUUUGCAUUCAGCACUUCAGCAUGAUCAGAUAGCUGAAGGUAUUGCUGAGGAACGUUUGAUUGAAGACGAAGCAAAUGAAAUUGCCAAACAAGCUUCUGAUUAUCUUAAAUUAACGAAGAGGCCGAGCAACAUUUUGUUUGGGUUAGAUCAACCUGACUCUGCCCAUUUGCCUCAGAAACCUAAUGACAGCCUGUUGCAAGACAUGGAGGUCCAGCAACGGGUAAAUUUUACUGCAACUCCAGUUAGGAGCCUGCAAAAACUCACAGAAAAAAAAAUCGAUCGUUUUGACCGAAUCGCUAACAAUAUUCGUUCGUUUCUAUUGUCAAAAAAUGGUACAGCAACUACGAACGAGAUCAUCACCGUGUUUAAGGAUGAAGUCCACAUCAAGGAUUCUCAUGUUUUUCGUUCUACUCUUAAAAACUUAUGCCAUUUUAAAAGUGCAACGUGUGUAUGGAUUUUGAAAGAUGAAUACCGCUAA